AUGGAAGGACUUGCUUACAAUCCUGCAGGCCGCCCUAAUCCUCCGAACGAGUCCGACCAAAUCGCGUUUCCCUUCUCCCUGCCUAAAAAGACCGUUUCGAAGUCCAAGAUAAACGAUGAAGAAGCAUUAAAAGCAGUAAAACGAUCGGGCCGUCCCCCAGGCACGAAAAAUAAACCUAGAAUUAAUAGCGCCCCGAAAAGAUUGGAGACUAUCGCUUCCCGACUUAUACAACGAGAUAAAGGUGAUACCCGGGUACCACCUAAGGUAAAUACGAGGGAACAGGGGGACGACGAAGUCUUCUUACCGGACCCCACAUCAAGUCCCAUCGCGAGUAACCAGACUCCGGACAUCGGCCAAGAAGGGGACGAUGAAGCCGAGAAUGACGCUGAAACAACCAUUCCGCCGAAACAACGACGGAAAACUCUCGAACUCGUCAAAAUGUUCGACGAGCUCAUUCAAAAACGACCUUCAUCUGAAAAUACUUACCGAACGAGGGCUCUCGACAGACUCCGCCAGGAGGAGGCGAUAUACAAUUACUUUCCCCAAGAGUUGGCCGAAAUGAGACGCGCCAGUUCCGAAACGGCGAAGGAAAUUCACAAAUCCUUAAGUAAACUUCCCCCCCUCUUCUCAAGGGAGGAACAAUCAUCAGACAAAGGAUCUACAGCUGAAGAUACUAUCGAGGAAUUUCUUAGAGCCAACAGUGAAAAAUCCGGGGAUGAAUCAAGCAGUGAUAUCAGCCCAGAAGAGACAGAAAAAAAUAAUAAUGUCGAGGAGGCUGAAGUUCCCAUCACAAUAGAACCAGUGACUCCAAAUUAA